AUGGCAGUGUCCGUUGGGAUGAAGGCAGGUGCGCGGCUGGCCAGGCCCUGGCUGCGCCUGCUCAGCACGAGGACACUGGGCACCAGGGCUGCGCCCACCCACAAGCCGGUGCUGCCCUUCGAGGCCAUCCCCCAGUGCCCGGGCAACAGGUGGCUGAGGCUGCUGCAGAUCUGGAGGGACCAGGGCCACGAGAACAGACACCUGGACGUGCACCGCCUCUUCCAGACCCUGGGGCCCAUCUUCAGGGGCAUCCUGGGGUGGGUGGUCCGGGGCUGGGCGCCCAGGCAGAGCCCAGCUCUGAGCCUCGGCAUGCGGUGUGCACAGGUGGUCUUUCCCUUGGUGAUGACGCUCUUUGAGCUGGCUCGGAACCCCGCUGUGCAGCGGGCCCUUCGGCAGGAGAGCCUGGCUGCCGCGGCCAGCAUCACCGAAGAUCCCUACAAGGCCAUCUCGGAGCUGCCCCUGCUACGGGCCGCCAUCAAGGAGACGCUGAGGCUUUACCCCAUCGGUGUCACCUUGGAGAGGGUCCUGCACUCCGAUGUGGUUCUUCAGAACUACCACGUCCCAGCCGGGACUGUGGUCCAGUUUUUUCUGUACUCCAUGGGCCGGAGUCAGGCCGUCUUCGUGAGGCCUGAGCGCUACAACCCCCAGCGCUGGCUGGACAGCAGGCUGCGCUUCAGCCACCUGGCCUUCGGCUUUGGGGUGCGCCAGUGCCUGGGGCGGCGCCUGGCCGAGUUGGAGAUGGUGCUGCUGCUUCAUCAUGUGCUGAAGUCCUUCCAGGUGGAGACUCUUCAGCAAGAGGAUGUGACCAUGACCUUCUGCUUCCUCCUGAAGCCUGUCUCCCCACCGCUCCUUACCUUCCGGCCUGUAGCUAGCCCUUCUUCUCUCUGA